ACAGAAGGAGCUUUGGGACAACGGUGGAAAGUAGGAUUGUAAGUCUGCCUGUGUGGACACAUGAGAAAAAGAGGGCAGAAGAUGGGUGGAUCAAAAAGACAUGACUUCAAGGACUGAAAUAGGAUGUGGAGCAACAAAAGAUCUGUUUCGUCUCAGCUGACCUGCACACAAACAGGAAGAGAGGGAAGACCCAAGUCGAGGUGCCUAGAAGACACAGAACUUGCCUGAACAAGAGGCAGAAAAAGAAGCCAGGCAAAUUACUGAGAAGGCGUGCUCUCACUCACUCAAGGAGGGGGAGAAACACUGAGUCAAAGCAGACAGACAGACAGGAAGAGCAAAAGGAGGAGGAGGAGGAGGAGGAGGGGGGAGUGAGGUAAAAGAAAACAUAAGAAAGCAGAGAAGCGAAAGAUUAACACUUUCGAGAGAGAAAGAGAGACAGAGUGGGGUUGAGCUGGGGAGAACGAGCUGAUGAGGGGGGAGAAAAGCUGAAAACAGAGGGUGACAGAGAGCAGAUAACGGGUGAGUGUUGAGCAAGGUGAAACAGAGAGGAAGCAAGAGAGACAGAAGGUGAGGGGGACAGUGGGUUAAGUUAGCAGGAGGGGAGAGGUAUGAGGGCACAGUUCUUGAAGUCACUCUUCUCUUUGGUGAUCACUGUCUUCUUUCUGGGGAGCCUGCUGACCACUCUCCUCUGGUACAUGGUCGACAACAACAAUGUGGAACCUCAGAGGCCGCCUCCUCAAAAGAAAAGUGCCCCUCAGCCCACUGACCCCUGUAAAGGCUGCAGGGAGGUCAUCGACAAAGUAAUAGAGCGUUACUCUCAAACCUGGAAGAAGCAGGAGGACAAUUACCAAAAAUUCAGAUCUCAGCUGAGCAGCAGGUGCCAUGGUUUAGAGAAGGCCAUCAUUACUCAGGCCAACACUCCAGUGGGAACCAAGAUUGUGUAUGACGGGGAAAAGAGGAGGAGCCUCCAGGUGACCCAGGAGAUUUUCAGCACCUUUGCAAAGGAUCAUCCGUUCUCAAAUAAAACAUGGGACACGUGUGCUGUUGUUGGGAACGGAGGGAUCCUGACCAACAGCAGCUGUGGAAAGAUGAUCGAUUCAGCUCAGUUUGUUAUCAGGUGCAACCUACCUCCUUUGGAAAACGGUUUUGAGAAACACGUGGGCAUCAAGACUGACCUUGUGACAGCAAACCCAAGCAUCCUCCUAGAGAAGUAUGGGGCUCUAAUGGGGCGUCGCCGGCCAUUUGUGGAGAGUCUGCGUAGCUACGGCAACUCCUUGCUGCUCCUUCCCGCCUUCUCCUAUGGCCACAACACUCCUGUGUGCUUGCGUGCUGUCUACAGCAUUGAGGACUUUGAAAGCCCCACACGGCCCAUCUUCUUCAACCCCAGCUACCUCCAGAGUCUGGCCCUCUUCUGGCGCUCGCAAGGCCUACGAGCAGUGCGGCUCAGCACCGGCAUUAUCAUGGCUAGUAUGGCGCUGGAACACUGUGCCAACGUGCAUCUGUACGGGUUCUGGCCUUUCAGUAAUCACCCACAUGGACUCCAUGCCCUGACGAACCACUACUAUGAUGACAGACAAACAAAAAAAAAAUUCCACGCCAUGCCAGCUGAGUUUGACCUCUUGUUGAGGCUGCACAGUCAGGGGGUGCUCAGGCUUCACCUGGGAGAUUGUCCAUCAGGUGAAAGGUAGUUCACAGACCCAGCGGCAGCUGACUGGACAGGAAAGUGCCUUCGUUGUAGCCCAGUUACUCAUGAGUCUUUCAUACACUUUUGAAUGAAUGGACAGAUUUGUUUUGGCUGGUGACAUGGAAGAAGUGUGUCCAAGCAAGAUGGACGCUUGAACUUACAGUAAAGUUUGAGUUGGCCUAUUAGCAGCCAGGACAUUUGCACUGAAAUCAAGAUGCAACAACCAUAAGGCUGGAGACAUUGUGUAAACAGUCUUGUAGUGUAUCUAAAAUCGUAUUUAUUACCAAAAAUGUUCCAGCUUUAGUCUGGAAGGAGUUAUUUUGAUUAAUAUGGGAAUCCUUUGCGGGGGUUGACAUGAUAGUGCCUUCUUUUGGAUCAAGAUGAAUGUAUUUUGAAGAAAAUCAAAUACCUCCUUUACAUGAAGAUUGUCUGGCUGAAUAUCUUAACAUUUAAUGACAAACAGCUGCGCACUGAAUGUAAAGAAUCUUUUGACAUUUUCAUUAAAAACGCAUCACACAUUCAACCACUUUGGAAAAAAUAUCCUGGGAACUGUCAAGAGGAGAUGUAUGGUACUCACACACAAUUGUUAGAAAAAGCUGGUGCUGGCUGAAGAAGAUAAUUUCUGCACUCUUGUUCUCACUCCACGUCACUGACACUGCUGGAUGUGAUACAGACACGAGGUAAACCUCUAAUCACAGAGUGCCUGCCGGGGUGGUGUCCCAGUCGCCUCAACUACAAGCCUCCAUGGCUGCUGCCCUCUGGGGGGACUGUGAGGACCCUAAAAAGUGAGGCUCAGAGCCAAGGACUAAACAGAGACACCACAGAAAGAAACAGGAAUAAUAACACUAUUAAAACCAGGAGGUCCUAGCUCACAAAGGUUGCCAUGGUGAGCCUGUGUUACAAUGUGCUACCCCUCGUCACCACAGUGACCAGACGUGGAUAUGUGCUGUCACAAAGUGGCAACAGUCACAUUUUGGUACAAUGUUAGUGUGGAAGUGAAUAUUUAAGUUGAUGUUUAUGCUAAAUCAAUGACUGACUCCAAUGUAAGGUGAUAUGAUGAUUGUAAAUUGUGCACUUUGGAUGAGAAUUGUAAAAUUUGGGUAAAAGUAGCAUUUGCGUCAAAACUUGUGCAAGUAUUGCCUUUCAUGUUGAUACUUAUAAAGUCUUAACAGUGAUUAUUGUCAUCCAGAAAAAUAAUGUACAAGCUGUAGAUGACCAAACUUGAGAACUCUUAUGAGCCAGUUUUAGAAUCUUGUGUUGUUGUAUUUUUUAACAGUGUGAGGCAAGAGGGAAAAUGAAGAUAAAGUGAAUCAGUGAAUAAAUAUUUAUCACAAAAAGGUUAUUUGUAUGGAUCCGGUGGCUGGAGCUGCAUUCGCUUGUCUAACAAAGCAACCAAAGCUUUUUCCCAGACGUCUCAGCUUGCAUGAUUGAGUGUCUUUGAGCCAUUAAGCUGCCAAGAUUUGUCAUUAGAAAGCCGUAUUUCUUCUUACAAACUGCACAUUUGGCUGUAACACCAUAUGAUGCAGUGAUUUAUUAGCAUAGUUUUGCAAAGAGCUUUUAUAUGCAUUCUUCUAUUUUUUUUCUUUCUUUACAUUUAACGAACAUCUUUUAAACCAGAUGUAAGCCAUAUGCCAGUGUUGUGAAUUUACAAAUGCAUGAAUCCAUGGUAAUAUUUCUUUUCAUUAUUUGACCAAAUAUUUUUUAUAUCACUGCACCCUCCACUUCACAACGUUCCUCCUGCAUGUUUUGCUGCGUGGCAUCACACAGUGACUGAGCUGACCAAAUAUGCAAACUUCUGGAUGAUGCUUUCACAGACUCUGUGAACAAACUAACCAGAGAAGCCUUGGAAAGUGCUGGAUCACAUUAUUUCUUACCUUACUCUGUUUCUCUCUCAGCCACUCAAUAGACAAAACGGAAGACAGUAACACUGAACCAAAGAUUAGACACAAUACUUUUGCUUUUGCUCCCAUUUUGACAGGUUUAAGUUAAAGAUCUAAGACUUUUGUCUCUCAAUUUCUUUGUUGUGAAUAUCCCGAGGCACAUCUGUGUAGUAAUCAUGCUGUUUAUCAGUACCUUGAUAUGCCAAGAUUAUCUUGGAAAAGAAUUUUAACAAAAUUUCAACCAAAACUUGAGUGACUUGACUUUCUAUUGUGU